AUGUCUCUCGUUUCGCAAGAACCUUCAUUGUUCCAUGGAACAAUCAAGGAAAACGUUUUGUAUGGUGUCUUCGAAGCUAAGACUGACGAAGAGAUCAUGGACGCCUUGGAACAAGCAAAUGCGAAGAAAUUCGUCAUGAAGUUUGACGAUAGCAUCAAUCAUCAAGUUGGAGAUCGUGGUUCUAUCCUAUCAGGCGGUCAACGACAAAGAAUCGCUAUUGCUCGCGCAGUCAUGAAGAAUCCGAAGAUCUUGAUCACGGAUGAAGCUACAUCUGCACUCGACAGCGAAAGCGAGAAGAAAGUACAGAGUGCACUCGACAAGGUUCUUAUUGGACGAACAGGCAUUGCUGUUGCACAUCGUCUGUCGACAGUUAUCAACUGCGAUGUGAUCUUUGUUAUCGAUUCAGGCAAAAUUGUUGAACAAGGCACUCACACCGAACUUGUUACAAAAGGUGGUGCUUACUACAAUCUUGUUAAGCAUCAAUUAAGCAAGUCAGAAACCAAAUAA